CUAAAAUCUCACCGGGAAAUCUAGCUAGACCCUGCAGCGAAACGAGCAGGGGAGCUUCUAGCUGACUGUGUUUAUUCUCCUUUCUGUUUCAUCAAGCUUACCAUGUGUCGCGAAUGGCUUUAUCUUUUUUCCUCCUCCGUACAGUCAGCGUAACGCCUGAAUCCUCAAACACGAGAAUCACGACCGUCUCAAACCAUCACAAAACUUGUCGCAAAUUAAGGGUCCUGCUGUCAGCGUGAGACGACGUUUUUGCCUCUUCUUAGCACGAAGAUGAGGGAAAACCCCCAACAAGAAGAUAUAAAUUGAGCUUCUGUCCUCGUCGAUCAGUCUCUCAUCAACAACAACAGCAAAACAGCAACAGCAACAGCGACAACAACACUUCAAUCCAUCAAUUACCCAUCCAACCAUCCAUUCAAAAUGAGAUACUCAAUCGUCUUUUCCGCCUUCCUGGCUACCCUCUCUGUCGGUGUUGGCGCUAGUCCCAUCCCCACACCGAAUGAGCUGCAGACCGGCAAUGACUAUUCCGGCUCUGCUGCCCAGGAGCUGGAUGUGUCGGAAAACGACGAGGGCGACGAAGAUGACUACGAAUACGACAUCUCGGACUUCAGCGAGUCGCCCCAAAAGCGUGACGAUGACGAUGAUGACUAUGGCGUCGAUAUCUCGGACUUCAGCGAGUCGCCCACAAAACGUGACGAUGACUCGCAGGAAUACGAUGUGUCGGGCUCCGAAGAGCCUGAUGAUGAGGACGAUCAGAACGAGGAAGAGGAGGAAGAGGACGAUGAAGAAGACGUCUCCGACUCAUCGAUCGGAAAGCGCGAUCAUGAUGAGGAAGAUGAGACCAAUGACGACGGUGAGACCGCUGAGAUCGCUGAGACCGCUGAGGAAGAGGAUGAGACCAAUGACGAUGAUGAUGAGGAUGAGUCCGACUUGUCGGUCGAAAAGCGCGAUGAUGAGGAGGACGUCGAGACCGGCGAAGACGAUGUAACCGGUGAGGACAAUGAGGAGAAUGAAGAGGAUGAGACCAAUGACGAUGAGGGGACCGGUGAGGAUGAUGAGGAUGAGUCCGCCUCAUCGGUCGAAAAGCGCGAUGAUGAGGAGGACGUCGAGACCGGCGAGGACGAUGAUACCAAUGAGGACUAUGAGACCGCUGACGAGGGUGAGGACGAUGAGGACGAUACCCUUGAAUCUGACUCGGUCGAAAAGCGCGAUGCUGAAGAGGACGAUGUGUCCGACGAGGGGUAUGCCAAUGAGGAUGAUGAGAUCAAUGAAGAUGCGGAGGAUGAGGAGGGUGGGGAUUAUGAGAACUAAGAAGCUCACUAAAUCUCCCAAUGAUGCCAAUAUCAAGAGGGCAAGGAAUGGGAGGCUGGAGUGACUGAUUUCCGGACCUUUGUCACUUCUCUCAAAGAUGAUCUCAAAUAGUGAGGAAGAAGCGUGAUAGUGUGUGGCUUAUUCUUCUGUUUUGUUUCUUAUUCGUGUUUUGUGCGGAUUUACUCUUCUGGCAAGAGAAAUCUCCUAGGAUAAUACUAGCUUAGAGGUGCAUGGAGUUUGAUUUCUGUUUUAUAAAUUUCUGCAUACUCUAGAUGGGGCGUUUAUCUCUGUAUAACUAUUUUAUAUCGCCUGGAAAU